ACUUGAAUUAUGAGUUUUACACGGCAAUUAUCAGAGAUGUCGGCAAGUGAGUUAAACGAAGCAAUUGAUGACUCCAAUUUCCCCCAGGCACAUAUCCUGUCACGUGGACGCAACAAUAGCAUUUGUUCGACAGGUUCCGCUUCGGGCAAUUCGUCUCUAUUGGAUCGCAAUUUAUCACAAACGGAGGAAGCAGCAGCCGUAAGUGUUGUUGGCAAUGUUGCAACUGAGCCGAACAACGAUGGAGGUGCCAUAAGCAAGACAAUAGGCAACCGUCCAAAACUCAUAAUAAAAGCAAAUGGCACAAUACCAGAAAACGAUUCCAUACGAACACCAAUGACCCCAAGGACAUCAACCACUCCAGGCCACGAAAAUUGCACCUUUCAUCACGAUUUGGAACUGGAUCAUAAGCCACCAACUAGGGAGGCGCUUUUACCCGAUAUGGCUAGAUCAUAUCGUCUACUAUUGGGAGGCUUGGGUGAAAAUCCAGAUCGCCAGGGUCUAAUAAAAACACCGGAAAGGGCCGCAAAAGCUAUGUUAUUCUUCACCAAAGGCUACGACCAAAGCUUGGAAGAUGUAUUAAACGGAGCUGUUUUUGAUGAAGAUCACGAUGAAAUGGUGGUUGUAAAAGACAUUGAAAUGUUCUCCAUGUGCGAACACCAUUUGGUGCCCUUUUAUGGAAAAGUGUCGAUUGGGUAUUUGCCUUGUAACAAAAUCUUGGGUUUAAGCAAAUUGGCAAGAAUUGUGGAAAUAUUCUCUCGUCGAUUGCAGGUUCAGGAAAGACUUACAAAACAAAUUGCUGUGGCUGUUACACAAGCUGUACAGCCAGCGGGUGUUGCCGUGGUCGUUGAAGGAGUGCAUAUGUGUAUGGUGAUGCGAGGUGUGCAGAAAAUCAAUAGCAAAACGGUUACUUCUACAAUGUUGGGCGUGUUCCGAGACGAUCCAAAAACACGAGAAGAGUUCUUAAAUUUAGUCAAUAGUAAAUAAAUAUAAAAUAAUAUGCACGCACACAUUGUCCAUAGAA